AUGGAAUCUGAGGAGAAGGCGGUGGCGGGCGAGGAAGUGGGCACCACGGCCGACAGCCUGCAAGCCUGCCGGGACAACGAGAGCCAGCUGUCAGACUCUGCGGGGCGGUGCCAGGGCGACCUGGAGAGGUGCGCCCGCGCCACCAGCGCCAAACGUCUGAUAGAGUGCCAGCAGUCGGAGGCCGACCUCGCCAACCAGCUAGCCGAGACUCAGAGCCACUUGGAGGAAGCGGAAGCCAGCUAUGAGGAGUGCGCCAGGCGGUUUGGGCGCUGA